GAACUACAGGAACCUGGUCUCAGUGGAACAUCAGCUUUCCAAGCCAGAUGUGGUAUCUCAGUUAGAGGAGGAGGAAGCGCUCUGGUCGGUGGAGAGAGGAAUUCCUCAAGACACCUUUUCAGUUUUCACCUAGAUUCAAGUUUGUGGAACUGUCCCAGGUCUUGACUGGUUCUGUUAAUGAAGUGUGAAUGAGAAGGGACUUAGAGACAUCCAGGCAGAGGUUUGUGAAGCCAGUGGAAUGCACCUCUCUGAACUUCAGGAAUCCUGGUGGGGCAUAAAAACUUGGGAAUCAUUGGUGUUUGAAAUGGCAUGCUUUAUUUACUAUAAGAUGAGACCAUCAUCUCCAACAGUAUUCUCUGCCAUCACUCGUGUAGUGGUGACUCUUCCCAAUGCAGGGGACUGGGUUUAAGUGGAAAGCUCAGCCUUUCUCAGGCAAUUCAUUUUGUGUGGCUCUCCAGCUCUCCCUGACUGCAAAAAUGGCAGCACAGUCAUUGGCUGAAGUAGAAGGGACGCUGAGUAAUAAGCACUUAAGACAUGGCAUUCAUCUUUAAGAAGGCACUGAUUUGGGAAGAUGCUGUGAAGAUAAGGAAUGUGGACAACUAUUUGAUGGCACUCAGAUCUUUUGCCAUCACUCUGUCCUUUCAAGAAAGUAUUGCCACAUGGGUGGUUUGGGUGGAAAACCUGAUACAAUCUAGAUUUAAUCCAUAGGAAAGCAAUGGAGUAAAGACACUAUUUUGAAGGUCAUGAUUAUAGGAAAGCCUGCAGGACAUUUAAUUCUUGACUUGUCAAGGAAUGAAGCAGGAGAGAUGAGCCCUACAAAUAUGAAUGUAGCAACACUCCAAUUAGUGCAAGCUUUAGCAGAAAAAAAUAACUUCCACAAGGAGAUUAUUUUUUGGGAGGAAGAGAAGGAAUUCUUUUCUAUGUUUCACCCUUUGUGUAACCUGAGAGGACUCACACGGGCUAUAAAGCAAAUGUGUAGUGGAUGUAGGAAAUCACUUGUUUUAUACAAAGGAUAAUUUAUUUUAAGAACAAGACUGAAUAAAUGUGUUUAUUGUGAGAAAGCUUAUUUUCAGCUCAGGCUUUAAGGAAAGGCUCACAUGGGAGACUAACAUGCUAAGACCCUGAAUAGAGGAAGUUCUUUUCAUGAGUUUUUUGACAUGAGAACUCAAACAGGGAAGAAAGCCCAGGAAUUUGAUCAUUAACUGGAAAGGCUUCUGGCCUGAUUCACUCUGGUCUGACUUGAGAAAGCUCAUACUGGAAAAAAUAAAAACACAAAAAAACAGUUGUAUUAAAUGUGGAAAAGUUCUCACACCAAAUAAAUUACCUCUGAGAACUCCAAAGCCAGGGGAAUGUGAGUGCUGUGGACAGGAUUUCAUGCAUAGCUCUCUUACUCAGCAUCACAGCAAUCAUACUGGGAAACACCUGAGAAUGUAAUCAGUGUUAGGAAGGCUUCAGGAGGCACAGAACCCACUGGCAAGAAGUCCUUCAGUAGGAGUCCUCAUUGUAUUCAAUAUCAGAGGACUCAUAUGAGAGCAGACCCUCAAUGUAAUCUGUGUGUAAUCAUCAGCCUUAGUUCCCACCUUAUUUGACAGAACAGCAACAACAAAACAAACAACUUACACUGGAAAGAACCACAUUGAAGAAUAAAAAUGAAAUAUCUCAUCCUGUUUUAUACCAGAUAAUCAUACAGAAGGAAAACUCUAAAUAAAACAUCAUAUAAGUAUACAAAUACAGGAAAACAGAUCAUGUCUUUUUCCAACUUGUUCUGUUACCUGACCUGAACACCUAGAACAAAUUUUUUUUUUUUAAUAUUUUUUAUUUGACGGAGACACAGCGAGAGAGGGAACACAAGCAGCAGGAGUGGGAGAGGGAGAAGCAGGCUUCCUGCCUAGCAGGGAGCCCAGUGUGGGGCUCAAUCCCAGGACCCUGGGACCAUGACCUGAGCUGAGGGCAGACGCUCAAUGACUGAGCCACCCAGGUGCCCUAGAACAAAUAUUAAACAACGUGAGAGCAGUCUUUAUUUCAGUUUCCCAUGUAUGUUCCCAGUUGCUAAGACAACAACUCAGUCUCUAGCCCAGGAAACUGUUGGGUGAAUGAAUGGUUGAAGAAACUAAAAAUCAAGAGUAUGUCUUCAAAGAGAUUUUGAAGACAAUGCCAGGCUGAGACUAGAGGGUGGGUAAGGGGUGAUAAGGGGAAAUCUUGAGAUACAUAGUGCUAUUAAGAACUCCAAAAGGCUCACAUCCUGGAGAGUGGGCCAAGACUUUAGACUCUCGAGUGACUAUCAAAACAUGUUUGGCAAGAAUCCAGCCUAGCAGAGUGGUCACAUACUGUGCAAUCUUUAUUCAAGAAUACAUUCUCUGUCACCUUCCAUAUAUUUGCUCUUUUGGACCCAUGUAAUCUUGAUCCUUUUAUCUGGAGACUGCUCUGCCUGGUGUCCAGAUGUAAUCCCUGGGGUAAUUUCAAGGCCUGAAAAUGCCUUUUAAUUGAAUAAGAAGGAAAAUAGGGGCAUAAGGCUGGCUUGGUAGGAUGAGCAUGUGACUCUUGACCUUGGGGUCUUGAGUUCAAGCUCCAUGUUGGGUGUAGAGAUUGCUUUAAAAAAAAAGAAAACAAAUGAACUCAGAAGCAUUUGACUCCAAAAGUCCUAAGGAAAGAGGAAAGAUAAAUACAGUUCAAAUAAAUGAAUCAAAAAUGGAGAAGAAAAAAAAACCCAAGAGCUAAUUUUCUGGAAGGACAAAAGGCAAAGACCUACACAGGGAAACAGCAGUACACACACAUUUGGCAACACGUGUAGUUUAUAAUACUUGGUACAACUGUAACAAAGAAUGAGCCAGGUCUAUGUACUGAUGUGAAAGUCUCCAAGAUAUAUGUAUUUCUUAAAAAUAUAUUGUUUAAGAUGUAUAAAGAUACAUAGAUGCACAUAAUAUCAGUGUCUUUUAACCAACUGAGCCACCCAGGCGCCCAAUAUCAGUGUCUUUUAAAAAAAAUAAACACAAAUGUGUGUGUCAGUUGGUUAUUACUGAAUAUAGAAGCUGAUAGGCUGGAAGGAAACUGGGUGGAAGGGUAACUUUGCAUUUUAAGAAGUGUUGCCCAUAACCAUGCUGAUAAAUUGGAAACUGCUAUCUCUUUCCUGCUGUGUUACCAGUCCUGGACACAGUAUAGAUGCCCAGUAAUUACUUCUUGAGUGUAAGAAUGAGCAAACAAUAAAAUGGAAAGAUUUCUGGAAAAGUGUAAGGUUGUCGAAAUUGGGUCAUAGAAAAAUACUAAAGUUAACUUUUCUAGAACAAAGUGGCUAGCUGCCUAUUACUGACCUGGACAGUGAAUGUUUUCCAACUUGUUAAAAUACAGUUUUCAUGGAACAUGAGCAGUUCAAUGACAGAAUGUUGGAAUGUUGACAGAUUUUGCAAAGUAUACAUAGCAUUGUUCUCACUAAAGCACAAAAUAAGAAAAAUAUUAAAAUAUUAAAAAUAUUAAAAAGGAAAUAUUUGUAACUCAACAAUUGUUGAGUUACUUUAAAAAAACUAAUCCUCUGAAAUAGUUUGUUCAUCAGUGUGACAGAUAACAAAAUAAUACAGAGACUAAUAGCUUUGGCUUAUACCAGGAGUAGCCAAUUUAACAGAAAAGAUUUUGUUAAUAGGUGUUUGAAAUGGGGUCUAAGAAUAAAUUAUUUAAGAAAUGAUUAGGAGUUUCUAAGGAAUAAAGUAUUAAGGAAUUUCUAUUUGAAAAAAAUUGUAAGUGGGAUAUAGAAUAAGUAGAAGCAAUGACUUUCUUUAAUCAUUAGUUUCAGAGGUAGAGUGCAGUGACUUCUUUUUGAGGACUUACAAAGGCUAGAAGUGUUACAAAGUCCCGUUCUUUUUUUUUUAAAGAUUGUAUUUAUUCAUGAGAGAGAGGCAGAGGGAGAAGAAGGCUCCCAAGGAGCAGAGAACCCAAUGCGGGACUUGAUGCCAGGGCCCUGGGAUCAUGACCUGAGCCGAAGGCCGACCUGAGCCACACGGGCGCCCACGAAGUCCCAUUCUUGACUUAAGUCCUACCGUCAUUCCAGCCAGCAGCCUCUAGAGAAGUGUUGAUGUAGCCAUUUACCGGCAGAAGCAGAAACGCAAGUCUCUGACCUGGCUGGUCUGGGACAGAGCAGGGGAGUAUAAACCAGGUGUCUUCUUACUGGGUGGCCUGCACUCCCAUCCUGCUCCGGCUCUCGGGUAGAAGGGAACUUUGUAGCAGCAGCAGUCCUCGCAUAAUAAUUUAUAGGUAGGACACAAUUAAAAUGCUAGUAAAAUUCCCAUAUGACAAAUACGGGAAAAUCCCGAUAGCUGAAGCACUCAAGUCACUCUUUGAAGCUGUGUUGAGUCAAUACGUACUGCUUGAGCACCUGCCAAAAUGCCACGUACUGUUACAGGGGUGGGUCAGGGAUGAGCAGGGUUGUAAGGCCCCCUGUCUGUCUCACUGGGCCUGUAUUUAUUCUGGAGCAGCCACUAGCAUGUGGCUUACAUUAAACAGACUAAAAUGAACUUAAAACAGUUCAGUUCCUUAGUCACAUUGGCCAUCUUUUAGAUGGUUCCUGGUCACCUGCAGCUAAAGACUACUAUGUUGGACAGUGUAUCUAGAACAUUUCCUUAAACGAAGAGAGCUCCAUUGGGCAGUGCUGUAGAGAAGGUAGAGAGUGAUAAUGAAGCAGAUACUUUGAAAUGGCAGUCAGUGCCCUGAAGAAAAAUGAAACAAUGGAAUAUGCUAGAGGGGAGUGACAUGGCUGGGCAAUACUAGUUUAGAACUGGGCAGGAAGACAGUUCUGAGGGUGAUACUUGAAUUUAGAGCUGGAAGGGGGUACCAGGUGAAGAUGUUAGGAAAGACUACGAGGCAGGGGUGAGGGGAGUACAAAUACCUAUAGACAAGGCACACUUUGUCACGUUUGAGGAAAAUUAAGAUAGUGGCUGUGAGAAGCACCCUUUGGUGUAAAGGGCAUAAAAGAACAGGGUUUGGAUCCCAGCUGCUGUGUGGGCCUGCGCAGGGCUCCUAGGCUUUUCCAGCAUGGAUUUCCUUUGUGUGAAGGAUGGAUGCCAUUUGCUUAGUGGGACUAUGGUGUGUAAAGCCCAGGUCUUGGGGGGCCUUCAUGUAACAGUAACUACUGUUAUUCAAAGACUUUGAUGUAAAGAUGAUCAUCAACACCUUUGACAGAUCCUCCUCUGGACCUGGCUUUAGGGUUUCGAAUGCACAAGACCCAGUUGACAUCCUCAGCAGUCCAGUGGAGUAAAAAAAACUUAGAAGGUGACGCCAUGGGGUGCCCAGCAGAGCUGAAGAGUGAGUGAUGGGGAGAGGAGGAGAAAGGGUGAAGAGCUGGGGGCAUUCUGGACAAGGAGAAAAAGGAACGGGAGCGUACACAGGGAUGGGGGGAGCUGAGAUAAGCCUCUUCCUGGCCCUGGCCCCCAACAAGAUCGUGAAAAGUCACUAUUACUAGUUACUGUUCUGUUUGUGGACUGGUAGCCUUAGUACAGCUGGUUAGUCCUGAACUCCUGAGCAGUGAGGGAGAGAUGGUUUACCCUGGAAGGGAAGCAGCAGAGACCAACAUCAGAGAAGAAAACUAAGGAGGAAGAAAACAACUCCCAUCAGCCUUUCCUACAUACUGUACCUAAUCACUUGUGGACCUAAUCAAUUAAAAAGAGGAAAUUAAGGCCCAGAAGGACUAAGCACCUUGCCCAAAGGCUUGGUGAAUUUAUAUAACAACCCACUUAAAUAGUUGCAAGUGAGGGGACUAAAUUGCUUAAAACCCCACCCCAGAUCAUUCAGUUGGUGGAUUGAAACCAGUACUUGGAGCUGCAGUUGAUAGAGAUUAUUUUGUGUAGCUCCAUGCAGAUGAGUGGGUCAUUCGGUCCCAGCUGUGCCCCAUGAGUUGAGGAUCUAUUUCCAACUCUGCCAGCUGGUAACUUAAGAGGUUUCACUCUUUGUGAAGUGGGGUGAAUACUUGCUGGCACAGACCGAGGUUGGGGGAUGGUCCAGAGGAUCAGAGAUUUAGAGGACUUCAGUGCCUAGAAGGACACCACUGGCUUCCAGGCUUGUGACCCAUCUCGUUGCAUAGCACCCAGUGGGUGCUUCACGAGUACCCUGCAGAAUGUGUGUUGUCCUGAAGGGCUGCUAACAGCAGGGAGAGCCAGACUGCAGAUCCACGCAGCCUCUCAGCACCACAAUGAUCAGCAGAGUUCCCAACAUCCAAACCUACAGAGGCUCUAAAACUUAAAACGGUAAGAGUUAAUAUUUUUGAGUGAGCAUUCAGUUCAAGAUUUUGAGAAAUUGCCCUGGUGCCCCCAAGAAUAAGAGGAGGAACAAAGUACAUGAUCAGGAUUAAAGGAGAAAUAAGGGAGAUGGAGUGGAAUAAAAAGAAUCUACAGUUAAUUUUCUUCAGAGAUAAAGUACUAAAUAAUCUCUGUGAUUAACCAAGGAGUUAAAAAACAAGUUUUAGAAAUGAGAAAGCUGGGAAGCAUUGUGGAGAAUAAAAAAAAAUUUUUAAGCGUCAUGCAUGAUUAUUGCUCAAAAUGGUACCCGUGGCCCAGCAAGGAGCCACUAGGGAGCGCUACCUCCCCUCGGGAUUCCCCCUGGGAAUUCAGGAACGUGCCCUCCCUGGCUUCCUGAGUUACUCGGAAAUCUCAAGCUCUAAGAGCUCUAAUUGAUAGGGAAUACGUGAACUUUGCUUUCAAAUCGAGAAUGGGGGGAGGGGUGAACCCCCAGAAGUCCUAAGAAUAGGAAGGGAAUUAAAUGCUAAAUACAACGGCAGGGGGGCGCCUGGGUGGCUCAGUCGGUUGAGCCGCUGCCUUCGGCUCAGGUCAGGAUCCUGGAGUCCCGGGAUCGAGUCCCGCCUCGGGCCCCCUGCUCGGCGGGGGGCCUGCUUCUCCCUCUGCCCCUCCCCCCUCUCGUGCCCGCUCGCUCUCUCAAAUAAAUAAAUAGAAUCUUUAAAAACAAAUAAAUACAACGGCAGAUACAGACGAGUUGGGAAGGGAAGCCAAUGAAAUGAGUACAGAAGUUUAGGGGAAGAGGUCGGAAGUGGAGGUCAACGCUGUAGUCACUUUUAUCAAGGAGAAAAAGUCACUUCAAACCUAGGAGAGGGGUGUGGCUGUGGCCAAGACUGAAAGGCGCGGCCCGGGGCCCCUCCGGGGCGCGGCGCGGCCUCACCCGUCGCGGGCGACCCCCGAGCCCGAGCUGGCUCACUGGUCGGAUAGCGCGCCCGCAACUUCCAGCACUCGUUAGGGUUGCGAAACCGGCCGACCACAUGCGAGCCGAGGUUUGUAGUCAGGGGAUCCGGAGGAGGGAAGAGCGGAGAGAGCCUACGGGGACGGGGGCACGGCGACGGCUGAGGGACACGGGUGAGUCGCCGCCCGGGGGGACGCGACCGCGCCCGCCCCGCCCCGGCCCGCAGAAGACUUGAAGAUCAGCGAGGCCUAGGAGAGCUCCUAGGUCAUGAUACAAGUCUACGUUUAAGUGUUUGAGGAGCUGUCAGACUGUUCUGCAGAAUCGUGCAGCAUUCUGUAUUCCCACCACCAGCAGUUUCUCCACGUCGUCACCAGUAGUUGUUACCAUCCGUCUUUGGUAGUAGCCAUCCUAAGUAUCCUGUAGCUCAUGUGGACCCUCAGUUGGAUCCUCUUCCUGCUGGGAAUCCCCUGAUGAAGAUCAAAGUCGUUGAAGUCCUCACACUGAACCAAGAGGUAGCUCGUCCCCGAAACGCCCAGAUCCGGGCCCUCUAUGCUGAAGAUGAGGGCCUGAGCCCAGAUGUGCUCGGGGAGCCCACUCAACAGCUAGGCAAGCAUCCAGCUGAUCCCGAGGCCGCGCGCCAGAGGUUCCGGGGCUUUUGCUUUGAGGAAGUGGCAGGGCCCCGAGAGGCCCUGGCCCGGCUGCGUGAGCUGUGCCGCCAGUGGCUGCGGCCCGAGGCGCACUCCAAGGAGCAGAUGCUGGAGCUGCUGGUGCUGGAGCAGUUCCUGGGCGCGCUGCCCAGGAAGCUCCGGAUGUGGGUGGAGUCGCAGCACCCAGAGGACUGUCAGGAGGCAGUGUCCCUGGUGGAGGAUGUAACCUGGAUAUCUGAGGAGGAAACAUUACCCGCCCAGGACCCCUCCUGCUCUCUCCAGACCACAGCUCCUCAGGAAGAAAAGGAGGAGAACAUGACUACCUGGCCGGCGAAGGCACCACCUGAGGCACAGACUGUGGCAUUGCAGGAACCAGUGACCUUCCUGGAUGUGGCCGUGGACUUCAGCAAGGAAGAGUGGGGGCUGCUGGACCUGACACAGAGGACCGAGUACCACGAUGUGAUGCUGGAAACCUUUGGACACCUGGUAUCUGUGGGGUGGGAGACUACACUGGAAAGUAAAGAGUUAACUACAAAGUCUGACAUUCCUGAGAAGGAACCAGCCCAUGACCUGAAAAUGGAAGAAUUCUCAAGGGAUGACACCUGGUCCCCUACGUCAAGAGACGUCUCACAGGGUGAGGCCCAGGAAGUCUUGGACACAGCACUGAAGCAGGUGGGGCCAACUCAGGAAGAAACCCUCCCUCAGAAAAGCCCCCCAUCCCGGGCAAACACUAGCCUUGUCACAAGCCAUAUUUCACUCCAGAAAACUCUCCCUAGAAAACGCUUGCGCAAGCGUGGCUCGCAGGUUAAGAAGGUGACGCGCGGUCCGUGUGUCAAAGUUCAUCAGAAGGGCCACAAAGGGGAAAAAGCCAGAGAAAAUAGUGGUUGUGGGAGAGCCUUCAGCCGGAGCGCUCAGCAGAUCACAUUCACAAGAAUCCACAAAGGGAGCCAAGUUUGCCGAUGCAGCGAAUGUGGCAAAACUUUCCGAAACCCAAGAUACUUCUCUGUACAUAAAAAAAUCCACACAGGAGAGAAGCCGUACGUGUGUCAGGACUGUGGGAAGGCAUUUGUUCAGAGCUCCUCCCUCACACAGCAUCAGAGAGUCCACACGGGAGAGAGGCCAUUUGAGUGUCAUGAGUGUGGGCGGACCUUCAAUGACCGCUCGGCCAUCUCCCAGCACCUGCGGACUCACACUGGAGCCAAGCCCUACCAGUGCCAGGACUGCGGGAAAGCCUUCCGCCAGAGCUCCCAUCUCAUCAGGCACCAGAGAACGCACACCGGGGAGCGCCCCUACACGUGCAACAAAUGCGGAAAGGCCUUCACCCAGAGCUCACACCUCAUUGGGCAUCAGAAGACACACAGUGGGGUAAAAUGCAAGAAGAAACAGCCUACCUCAUAGCCCUCCAGCUGAGCCAGUUGAAGAGACAAUGCCU